GAGAGAGAGCACAGAUUCGAUUUGAGAUUUAUUUAUUUAGCUUAGCUAGGCAAAGGAGGAGCAACGCUGUCAUGAGACAAGACAAGGAAGAGGUGCAAGGGGCAUUUCAAAUCGAUUCAGGUUUCCUUUCACUUUUGCAAAGGUGAUCAACAUGCUUCCUGUAAUAGUGGUCCAAGGGGGUGCUGGCACUGUGCCAAGUGAGAGAUCAGAGAAGUCCAAGGCUGGGGUUUGUGCAGCUGUUCGAGCUGGGUUUGCCAUCCUCCGGAGUGGGGGAAGUAGCAUGGAUGCUGUGGUUGAGGCUGUGACCAAGCUGGAAAAUGACCCCAAUUUCAAUGCAGGGUGUGGGUCAGUACUAACUACCAGUGGAAAUGUGGAGAUGGAUGCCAUUGUGAUGGAUGGUAAAACACUUGCAAGUGGUGCCGUCUCAGCUGUACGCAACAUAGCAAACCCUGUGCAGCUAGCAAGGCUGGUAAUGGACAAGACCAGUCAUAACUUUCUGACAGCACAUGGUGCUAAUGAGUUUGCCCGGGCCAUGGGAGUCCCAGAGGUGCCCCAAGAAUCCCUCAUCACCGAAUACUCUCGAAUGCGUUGGAGAAAGAACCUUGCACCUGAUGCUAACCCUGUGGAGUGCCAAAUGGGAAAGAUGGGCACUGUCGGAGCUGUGGCAGUUGACGCCGAAGGAAAUGUAGCGUGCGCUACUUCUACUGGUGGGAUUCUGAACAAGAUGGAAGGACGUGUGGGUGACACACCUUGCAUAGGAUGUGGAGGCUAUGCUGAUAAUCAGGUUGGAGCUGUGUCAACAACAGGCCACGGAGAGGCUAUAAUGAAGGUUACUCUUGCCCGACUUAUCCUGUUUCACAUGGAGCAAGGUCUGUCAGCAGAGGCAGCCUCUGAUUUGGGCCUGGAUUACAUGAAGUCUAGAGUGCAUGGAUUGGCUGGGGUGGUGACAGUGGAUCCCCAGGGUCACUGGGCUGCCCGCUUCUCCAGCCUUCAAAUGGCCUGGGCUGCAGCCCAGAAAGACACCUUGCACUAUGGCUUGUAUGCUGGAGAACACUUUACCAAAGGCAUUGAUGAACCGUAGUGAGAGAAAAUACAACACUCAGGGAGGUUUCCAAAUUUAUUUCUUGUUAUAAAAUUAAUAUAAACAAAAAGUUCUCUGGCUCUUUCACUCAACGAUCUUAGGAGUUUCAACUAUGCAUUAUGGACAUACAAUGAACGUAAAAUGUGAGACUAUAUAAAAAGAUUUACAUUAAAAUCUUAAACUUUAAUCUGAAGGAUUAUUUUGUAAGAAAUGUUUACAGUACUGAAUUUUAAAGUUAUGGUAGUUACAGUUUGGAGCCACUAGAGUUUGCUGUUGUAAACUAGAUAGUGGGUUGACAGUUCAGAUUUUUUUUUUUUUUUUAUGUCACUGGAUAUUGUCAUCUGAGAUUUUAUUCCGUCGCUAUUACCAAUUUGGGUGAAAAUCCCCUACUUCUCGAAAGUAAGUUCCGAAGUCGUUGAUAGUUAAAUAGUACUAUACAGCUGUCUGACUUUGGUCGGGCAGUGUGGGUUCAGUUCUCACUCGGUGAUGGUGUGAAUGUUUGUCGAAUGACUGCAUGUCUAUAUUGCCCCACAACUGACUGGUAAGUCAGCUUGGCUAGCCUUUAGCACCCUGCAACCAUGAACUGGAUAUGUGGUGUUGAAUAUGGAUGGAUUGAAAUUUCAUACAGGAGCUUUUACAGUGCAUGUCAUAAUCCAGAGAGUGUCAUUGUGAAACUUUUUGGUGGCCUACAAUCACACAUUUUUCAGUGUUAUAUAUAUAUAUAUGUAUAUGGCGGAAAACACAGACAAGACUGAAAAAGCAGUUUCUGCUCUUGCACUCUUUAAAAUAAACUGGUUUAUUUUAAGCCAAAAGAACUGUUGUGUUUGAUAGAGGAAUAUGUCUAUAUGAUGCCAUAGCAGAUUCAUGGUGCAUUAAGCCCCCAAACUAUUUUUAAUUUGUCCGUUUUACCCUAGAAAUCCCCGUUUACAGACGUCGCACAACCGCUUUUGUUUCAAACCAGCCAUAAAACGAAGUAUUCAAAAUGUCAUUUUUAGCUUAGAAUCAUCAAUUGAUGUCUAAUAUUUCGUUAAAAAAAAAAAAAAAAAAAAGACUAAAAAAUUAUUCACUUGCAUAAUUUAAACUACGUCACAACGAAAAAAUGUGCAAAAAUGUCACGGAUAGCUUACCUUAUAAAUAUCGCUUAAAUUUUUUUUUUUUUUUUUUUGUUACCGUCACAUUUUCUCCGAUUUUUUAGAUGAUAAAUAAUAGAUCCAAACAAAACAAAAACAUUUAAAACGGUAAAUACA